AUGGCCUCGUCUUCAGAUGACAUCGCAGCCUCGCUCGCUGCAUACCGCGCAUUCAUCUCAGCGCAGAACCGCCGCGCUCUCGAGAUCUACGUACCAUUCAUUGCUACCGCGGUACCUGACGAUCUGGAAGACGACGAUGACAUCGAAGAGCUCCGCCUAGACGGCCUCAAUACGCUUCUUGACACCAACCUCAAAGACUUUGGCGUUUCAGAGCCCAGCGAGGUUCUUACACGUUUCGAUGAGCUGGCGCCGAAGAUUGGCCUCGACGGUACUUACGUGAUGCAAGAGCACGAGGGCACCUCUGAGGAACGUGACGCUAUUCGUCGCGAGUACCUCUUCGUUAUCGAGGAGAAUCUGAAGCGGAAGUCUAGAGAGGACGUGCGUGAAACCAUCUCGAUUCCCGAGGAGUUCCGUGUGCUGGCCGGGCUCGUUGACGGUAUUGUGGGUUACGGACUGCCCGUCUAUCGGAACAGGGCCCACCCGGCCUUCUGGUGGGGCUGCCGAGAUGAUUUGUGCCCGCACGCCGAGAGGGUGAUGACGCCUGAAGACCUGUCGCAACACGCGUGUCUCCCAGAGUUCUGGGAAAUCGCGGGAGGAUGGGCGCCAGGUACAGGGCCGGAUGCCAACUUUAGCAUUGUGUAUAGCCGCGAGUCUGACGAAGAUCCUUGGAAGUGGAGAUACACUCUUUCCACGCUGGAUCACGGCUUGCAGGUCUUUGAGACGAUUUCAGAGUUUCUGGCUUGGUACGCACAUUUCAGGCAGUCCGACGAGGUUCCCAGGCCUAACGAGCUGGACGCCAACAGUCUCCUCUUCAGCCAAAUCUAG